AAAUGCCCCGAAUCGGCUGUAAACCAAACAAUAUAUAUAUAUGAUAAUUUUACGACAUUUUACCAUAAUUCAUGCUGUUAAAAAGUAAAAAUAUGCGUGUCUCCAGAUUGAUCUGUAGAUUUAGAAUAGAUCUGUUUUUAAAGAAUGAAUUUUAUUUUUAUAAAUAUGUUACAAAAAAAACUUAAACUGAUGGAAACCCAUAGAUUAUUUUGCAAUUAUCCGUCUUUUAUUACAAUUUGAAUAAAUUAUAAGUUUAUUUUUUUAAUCUUUUGGUUAUUUUGAAAACCAUUAUGAUGUGUUUUUUGGUAUGAUUUUAUUUUUGAUAUCAGUAAUUUCUUUAAUAUUAUCCAAAAUGGCGUGUUAAGCCGUGCUAUUCUUUUCGUUAUCAUUGGGAAAAAUGCAGGAUCAAUGAGAAAGUAUCUACUGGGCAACGGUUGAUCAGUUCCCAACAAGUAGCGGAGAAAACCCGCGCCCUAAUAUCCGAGGGUAUCUGGACUAAAGAGCAGCGGAGAGAACCCGUCCGGUAUCCUAGAGGUACCUUGAGCAAAGAAGCGCGUCAAGAUCAUAAAUCUCACGGAAGAUGCGAGGCGAGGGUUCCGAGAAAGUGAGAUUACUGAGUGAAAGUGUUUAAGAGUGUUUGUCCCUGUAGUCCCGCGGGGUUCAGUGUUAUCUGGUCAAGUGCAGGAUCUACCAGAAAUAGACGUAAUGAAAGUGAAACUUAAUUAGCACAUUGAAAGGUUCUGAAGAGCAGAGAUCAGGAUGAAUCUAAAAUAUCUUCCAGUUUUUGUUUGUUUACUUCUACAAAACCGGUUUGCUGACGGGUUAACGUGCUACCAGUGUGCCAAUACUGAUGGUAAACUGUGCCCCUAUGAUGCAAAUGCAUUUACAUCAUUAUCUCAUGAUGCAUGCAUAGCCUGGAAGCUUGGUAAUGGUUCAGUCAUUUUACAGAACCUAGUAUCCGCAGCAGAAGAAUGUACAGAGGAGAAGAUCAAGUUCUGGUCCAGGUUCAUCGAUCUAUACUACAAUGCAUACGGAGGAUCAGUAUCCUGCUGUUACUCUGACCUAUGUAAUGAUGGGAAAGCUGCUCAUUCAAGUUUUAUCGCAACCUCCAAUCAAAUCAAAUUUUCAUCUUCUCCAGUAGGAUUAGUAGCUGGACAAGAACCUGGAUACGGAGCUUGGUCAGAUUCAUUAUUAUCUCCAGUAAAGCUGGCGAACAAUGGAAACUGUGAGAAAUAUUUUGAUAAAAUUAGUGCUGAUGAAUGGAUGCCCGAUAUUCUAAUCCCCCUGGCCUACGACCGUGCCUCCCAGACGAAGGUUGGCGUGUUCUAUACCAAACUAGGGGAGAAGGGAGGGAACAAUGACCAUGUCGUGGUUAGGCUCGUCAACAGAUCCAAACAGAACCUCACCAUGUACAGCAUUAAACUGUUUAGGGUUGGGUCUGUCUCCAUACACAUCAGUAAACUUGAGACCCAGAGAAACGGGGGAGGAUACGUCCAGCAGGAUGGAAAGAAAGCAUCGUUUAAUAGAGUUGUAGAUCUGGAUGAACGAGACGAAUAUCAAGGAUUCUGGAUCUCAAUACAGGAAGAUAUAACCGUAUCCGUUGGAAAAAUCGGAGAUCCAUUAAUUGAUCCGAUCGGAAACUAUUCGGAUAUACUGAGAGAAGGUCCUAAUGAACCAUAUUAUUUCGGUUUAACCACUCCGACCGGUUCAUCGGCAUCAUUCGGUGUAAACUGCGAUAUGCCCGGACUUCACUUCCCGGAUACUUGUGUCACGGAUAAUGACUGUGAGGACUACCCGGAGACUGUGUGCGGAUCUAGACCUCUCAACGAGGGUUUGGAUCCAGGUAUAAGACCUGAACCGUAUGAUCAGUGGUCCGAGGGAGAUACUCUGCUCAAGUCGUGUUGGUGUAAGGUUGGACGGAUUCGUAUCCCGGAGUCGAAAGGUUGCUAUGAUCCUAUACGUAAAGUUGUAACCCUGAGAGAUGCCUGUUUUGCGAACUAUCACUGUGACCAUCUUCCAAACACAGUUUGUUCCCUAGACCGGGAGAUGCCUAAGUUUAACAAGUCCUGUCAAUGUGUUCCCGGUCAUAAACCUUUUGAACCUGAUGCAAGGACAGGACUUAUCGAAGGGUGUGCUCCUCUCACUGCUGCAGACAAGGGUACUGUCUCUGGGUGCUCCCGGAGAUUUAGUAUCCAGGACAAGGCGGAGUGGGUGCCGGAGACCGUAUUCCCUCUUCAGCACGACGAGCAGAGGGGAGCUGAUGUCGGGGUGUUCUUUGUAUCUUUAGGGAAGAGCAUUGAUUCUCUGAACAAGGGAGAUGAUACUGCUGUUAUCAGAUUGCUGGACUCUGAGAAGGAUCGUCGGAAAAUGUUAACUAUCAAGGUGGACAGGAAGACGGGGAAGAUCACGAUCUGUGAGAGUAAGAUCACCAGGAACUUCUUCUUCUCUGAUGAGACGGAUCGACAGGUUGCGGAGUUCUCAGAUUAUGAAACUAAGAGAAAACUUGAGAAUGGGUUUGUAGGAUUCUGGAUCCAAUAUAAAUAUGAGGAGGGGUACGGUGGUCUUCUUAGUGUUGGGUUUAACGGAUCUCCGUUUGCGAAGGAGUUUGCAAUUAUUAAAUGGACGGAUUCAUCUACAUCAGCUUUAACCUCGAUACAUUAUAUCGGAUUCACCGCAGGAAAUGUGCGGAGUAAGAUUGACUACGGAGCUAACUGUGUCCUGUUGAACAGCAAUAUUUUAGAAAACUACGAGGAUUCAGUUUUCACUGUAGAAAAAAGUUUUAAUCAAAUUCAAGCCGCACAGCCUUCUUCCCCUUUACAGGUUCCUAGUGGUAGUUUACAAGCUUGGGGGUAUACUGCUUCAGAUACAAUCAACCUUGGUUCAGCUUUGGACCCGGGACUACCCACAUUACCCGGAUUAACUGGACUAUCUGGACUAUCCGGGCUUCAGGGAAGACCGGAGCAGAUUGUUAUUGAACCUGUAAUUAAGAGUCAGUAUCUUACAAAGUUGAAGAGACUGCUGCCGACCUACUUCAAGGAGGGGGAGAACGAUAAGGUGCUCCAGGCCCUGGAUCAAGCAUACAGAAGUAUAUAAUCCCGUUCUUCCAGGAAAAUAUUUCCAGUAUGGACAGGAAAUAUCAGAAAAUUAAAGUUGUAAUAUUUCCGGAAAUAUCAGAAAAUUAAAAUUGUAAUAUUUCCGGAAAUAUCAGAAAACUAAACUUGUAAUAUUUCCGAAUUUCCGUUUAUAAUUUCUGUAUAGCAUAGACACUAAUUUAAACUAACUUUGUUUGUUUACAAAACUAUUUUAUACUAGCUUGGGAACCCAGCAAUGUUUUAAUAUAAGAGUCAACAUGUCUAAUUUAGACCGUUCGAGCCAAGAACAUUCCCGUGUUUCUUGCAGCUAGAGUUUUCCAGUCAAAAUUUGAGGAAAUCGUUUAAAAUCGGAAUUACAAACAAACAGAGAUUAUUAUUUUAUAUAUUUAGAUUAUUUAAUUUGAAUCAAAACCAGAACUUGGCAGCUUGAAAACUAGAAAUUCAAUUUUUUAUGAAAUAUGUAUGUAGUACAGUUUAAAUGUGAUACCAUUUGUUAUGAAAGUAAAACUCUAUAUUCAA